ACGUGACGUGGCACAACUCACCGUAAGUCACUUCGAUUCCGCUAACUCUGACGGCGUCACAACACCACAAGCCAUUUAACGGCGUGAAAUAAGCCGUCAGAAAAGACUCGUAUUUCGUCUCUUUCCCUCUCCCGAAGGGAACAAAGCAUCGCAGUGUAUUCCCCUCUCCCUUUCUCACUCUAACAGACCCGUCGCUCUCUCUCUCUCUCUUCGUCUUCUCCGGCCACGGUUAAGGACUUUCGGGAGCAGGGUUGUAGCAAGAAGCGGGACUUGUUGUGCUGACGUUUCAUUCGCUGCAUAGUGCUUAUUAACUAGUUGUGAGUUGUCAGAUAAUGGGGAAUGCGUGUUGUGUAGCUCCUCGUGACAAAAUGGUCCUCCUGCCUAACUCAUCAGCCGCUGCUGCUGAGAGGAGGCAUUCUCCUAGUUGGAGUUUCCGUUGGGAUAAUCAUCAUAACAGAGGACGUGUAGCUGGUGAAGAUACCUCUCUUAGUUGGUUGUCUGAUGGGUUUAGUCGCAACGAUGCGUCUGACAUCAAAUCUGAAUUCGUAUCUUCUCAAGGCUCCCCUUUGGACAGUUUUCGGACACAUACGUUGCAGAAAUCGCCAGCCUCAGAUCUUUCUUUUCCGAGAAAUUCUUCCAUGGGUACAGUCUUGGAGCAGAAAGAAAAGGACUCAACAGAAUCUGCAGCACCUUCAUACCCAUCUCCUGCACAAUUAUCUCUUUCACUUGCUUCACAACCAUCUUCGUUCCCAACGUCACCACUUUCGUCCCAGAGCUACUACCACCCUGCAAGUUCAUCGACACUUAAUCCUCCUACACAACGUCCUCGUAUAUCCAAGCAAGUCUCAGAUGGUCAGAUCUGUGGAAUGAACUCACUAAGCAGAAGCUCAGCAACUGAAGAAGAGGGGCAGGGAACUCCUUUGAGAUAUGAGUCUUCUCAGAGUGGACCAUCUGAAGGUUGGUCACUGCAAGCCUUUUCUGAAAUGAUGUCAUCUUCUCGCAGCACCGAGCCUUUGUCUUAUGAUAACGACUGCUUUGGGCUGCUUGAACCUGACAAGAUGGUCCAUCAUGGCAACCGAAUGUUGUCAUACCAUCAGCAGCAAACCUGUGGUGCCUGCUCUAGACCCUUGUCAGAGAAAUCCUUGUGGAGCAGCCAAAAGAUCUUUAUGACCAACGAGCUCUCUGUGUCUGCGAUUCUAGCCUGUGGGCAUGUCUAUCACGGUGAGUGUUUAGAGCAGAUGACGCCAGAAAUCGAUAAAUUCGACCCUUCAUGCCCAAUCUGCACUCUGGGUGAGAAGAAAACGGCAAAGCUGUCGGAGAAAGCGUUGAGAGUGGAGAUGGAUUUGAAAGCUAGGCACAACAAAAGACUCAGAAACCGAGUUUUGGACAGUGGUUUUGAUUGCGAUGAUCUUGUAAUGUUUGAUGAUGACAACCACAGGGUAGAGGCAGCAGCAGGAGGCAAGAGCCCUAAACUGGUCUCAAGUUCGAGCGUCAAGAGCUAUUUCGCAAAGCCUUUUUUGGCUCGACAUUUCUCAUUUGGGUACAGAGAUAAUAACAGUACUAAAGAUAAUCUUCCUGUCAAAAAGAAAGGCUUCUUUUGGACCAACUCCGGCAAAAUAUGAACUUAUUCUACGUUGCUCUCUUACUGUCCGAGGGGAUAGAACUCAACAGACACGGACACAGUACCAUUCAGUUAAACCAGGCUAUUCGUUGUUACACACUUUCCUCAUUGGCUUUUUCUUUUUUUAAUUGGUUCCUAAACUGUCACACAUGUAAAGUUAAAAAAUUUAGAAUACAAAGGUUGGAGAUAAAAACAACAUUGGAUCAUUUAGCGUAUAAAUUAAUCUGGCUGUGCAUAGAUAAGGAUUUAAACACCGAAAGCAAAGCUAUUGUAUAUGGUUUGUAUUUACAUCUACAAGCUUCGCCUCAAUCAAACUUAUUUCUGUAAAUAUUGAUUUGUUUCAUUGCUGUAUAUAUUAACAUCGGUUUAUCA